CGGUGAAGUGCAAAUUUGUCUUCCUUUCAAAACCCUAAUCUGAACCUUCAAAGAUCAAAUUUCAAAAUUUCAAACUCGCGCUCUUCACUCAACUCCACACCACCAACCUCCGGAUCAACAAACCCUCAAUCCAUUUCCCAUCUGAGCAACGCUGACAAAAAACCCACAAAAAUGGGUGCUAACAACAGCCGCGAGGACCUUGAACUCUCAGACUCAGACGCCGAAUCAGAGUCACAAGAUCAAGAAACCGAAGAAGAAGAAGAAGAAUACUACGAAGAUGCCAAAUCGCCGUCUUCUUCUGGGCAUAAAGGAUCCAAAACGCCGUCUUCUUUAGAUGAAGUCGAGGAAAAGCUCAAAGCCCUGAAACUCAAGUAUCCAUCUCACGACGCAUCUCCUAAAAACGCUGUGAAGCUUUAUCUUUAUGUUGGUGCCAACACACCCAAGUCUAAAUGGAUCGUCUCCGACAAGCUCACCUCCUAUUCCUUCAUCAAAACCUCACAAAUUGACACCUCAGACGAUGAAAAUGAGGAAGAAGAGGAAAAUUCUUGGUGGGUGUUGAAAGUUGGGUCCAAAGUUCGAGUUAUAGUCGACGCCCAAAUGCAGUUGAAGUCUUUUGGAGAUCAAAAACGGGUCGAUUUUGUGUCCAGUGGAGUGUGGGCUAUGAAAUUUUUUAGUGAAGAAGAUUACAAAGAUUUUGUUGGUAAAUAUCAGGAUUGUUUGUUUGAGAACACUUAUGGGUUUGAAUCUAAUGAUGAUAAUAAGGUUAAGGUUUAUGGGAAGGAUUUCAUUGGGUGGGCGAAGCCAGAGGUGGCGGAUGAUUCUAUGUGGGAGGACGCAGAUGAUGGUUUAUUGAAAAGUCCUAAUUCAGCCACACCCGUGAGAGCGAGUCAGGAUUUGAGGGAGGAGUUUGAGGAGGCCGCGAAUGGUGGGGCGAUACAGAGCCUGGCUUUAGGUGCGUUGGAUAAUAGUUUCUUGGUUGGCGAUUCGGGUAUUCAGGUUGUGAAGAAUUUUAGUCAUGGAAUCCAUGGAAAAGGCGUUUAUGUAAAUUUUGAUAAGGGAAGGCAAAGUUUGGUGCAUUCGGCUCCAAGGAAGGCUCUGCUUAUGAGGGCAGAGACUAAUAUGUUACUUAUGAGUCCUGUGACUGAUGGGAAACCACAUACAAGGGGGCUUCACCAUCUUGAUAUUGAGACGGGGAAGAUUGUUACUGAAUGGAAGUUUGAGAAAGACGGGACUGAUAUUACUAUGAGGGAUAUAACAAAUGAUAAUAAAGGAGCUCAAAUGGAUCCUUCAGGUUCAACGUUUUUGGGAUUGGAUGAUAAUAGGUUGUGUAGGUGGGAUAUGAGAGAUAAGCACGGGAUGGUUCAAAAUCUUUCAGAUGCUAGCACUCCUGUUUUGAAUUGGACUCAGGGGCAUCAGUUCUCAAGAGGGACUAAUUUUCAAUGCUUUGCUACCACUGGUGAUGGCUCGAUUGUUGUUGGGUCACUUGAUGGAAAGAUCCGGUUGUAUUCGAGCAGUUCUAUGAGGCAGGCUAAAACUGCUUUUCCGGGGCUUGGUUCACCUAUUACUCAUGUGGAUGUUACCUUUGAUGGUAGGUGGAUAUUGGGCACAACUGAUACCUAUUUGAUUCUUAUCUGCACUGUGUUUGCUGACAAGGAUGGGAAGACAAAGACUGGCUUUGCUGGUCGUAUGGGGAAUAGAAUUGCUGCUCCGAGGUUGUUGAAGCUGACUCCUUUGGAUUCACAUAGGGCUGGAGUGAAUAAUAAGUUCCAUGGUGCUCAAUUCUCAUGGGUUACUGAGGAUGGGAAGCAGGAGCGCCAUCUGGUUGCAACAGUCGGCAAGUUUAGCGUGAUAUGGAAUUUCCAACAGGUGAAGGAUGGUUCUCACGAAUGUUAUCGAAAUCAGGUAGGCCUGAAGAGCUGCUAUUGCUACAAGAUCGUUCUAAAGGAUGACUCCAUUGUGGAUAGUCGCUUCAUGCAUGAGAAGUUUGCAGUCAGCGAGUCACCUGAGGCUCCACUGGUGGUUGCAACCCCCCUGAAAGUCAGCUCCUUCAGCAUAUCUAGUAGGCGAUGAUACUUCAAACAAAUAUCUUUGUUUAGUUGUCUGCCUUCUCAAGUUCCUCAACUAGUUUGUUUAAAAAUGAUACAUUCAGAACUUUCUUUAUUGUAACAUGUCAAAGUAGAAUCGAUCUCUGUGUGCUUGUGUUGUUCAAGUAGGUUUCAUAACCAUGUCGAAGUGGUUAGUUGUCUAAACUUUAUUGUUGUUGUAAUGAUUUCAAGGAUUCAAUUAUUGCUCGUUCGAAGGGAGAAUUAAUUGGGACAUUUUGUUCUGUGAACAAUUAGUUGUGAAGUUGUGAUUCUUAGUCCAUCUGUGUACUUUGAUUUCAACCAGGCUACCUGAG